UUCCGCGGGAACUGAUCUGGCGGCCUACUCCAGAGACUCUGUUCAGCUCCUUGUGAACAAGCUCUUCGCAUUGCCCCGAAACAAGGGCGAUGAAGGAACUUUGGUCUCGCUCCCUGCAGAGGGAGUCUUUCGAUUGCCUCGAUCGAAGCCCAUCCCCAAGGAGAAGCCGAAAACGCGGUGGCAGAAGUUCAUGGAGGAAAGGAACAUGAAAAAGAAGAAAAGAAGUCGACUCGUUUUCGAUGAGAUCGAAGGGGACUGGAAGCCUCGAUGGGGCUACAACAGCAUCAAGAAGUCUCAGCAAAACGCCAAUUGGGUUCAAGAGGUUGGCGACCGCGAUGAUCCCAACCAGAACCCCUUUGACCAGGAAAAAGCUGAGCAGCGGCUUCUCAAAGCUCGACAGAAGAUGCGCGAGGUGAGAAACAAAGUAGAAGCUGCUGGAGGAAAACUUCGAGCCAGCGUGCCAGAUUUGUCCAACAGCCAGAAACGUGGAAAGGAUGGAUUGAAGGAGGCCAUCAAGAGAGCACAGGUCUCUUCCGCCUCCUAUGGGAAGUUUGACCGGGUGGCGCCCAAUGAGGCCACCAAUUUGCAGCCCAAGCGCAAGAAAGGCGUAGCACCUGUCAGCGGUGGCGUCGAGAAGGACAACUACCUGAAAGCUGUGGGCCGAGUCUUGUCGGGCGAUGGCCCUGUUGACAAGCACAAGGCCGCGCAGGUGGGUGUGAGCCAUGAGAGAAGGAAUGAUGCCCUGUCACGAUCCCGGGUGAACAAACGCCGAAGCAAGCAAGGAGGUAAAGGCAAAGGUGGCAAGAAGAAGGGAAGGCGAUGACGUAGCCCCGACAAUGGCUAAAUGUCAGUCAGAUUGCUGGGAGCCUGAAAAUGUAGUUUCACAAGACGGUGCAGCUAAGCCGCCAAUGAAAAGG